GAAAGAAUCCAAUGUUUUGAGAGUGUUGUAUGAUUAUGGAGACAUGUCCUCGAAGACUACAAAGAAGAAACAUGUCACUAGAGAAGCAAUAGAGUCCGACCACAUCCCCACCAAUGGACAGUUCAUCGCAAAGGUGAUUGCGGCGCGUGGCAACAACCUGCAUGAAGUGGUGCCGGAAUAUGGGGAUAGGGACGAGAACAUUCUGGUGUCCAUGCCUCUGAAGUUCAGAAAGACCAUCUGGAUCAAGCGGGACAACUACGUGAUCUGUGACCCGAUUGACGAGGGCACAAAAGUGAGAGGAGAGAUUUGUGUGUGUCUGUUGGAGGAUCACAUCAGACAUCUGCACGAACGCAAACUGUGGCCAGCCAAAUUCGAAAAUGCUGUGAAACCAGCUUCCAAAACUGACCAGUCGUAUUUGAGUGCAGACAUUCCGCUACCACCAUCUUCAGACGAAGACAGCCAAUCAGAAGACGAGGAUGGAGCUAGCAAGCAGCAGCAGUCUGACCUGUUCGAAACUGUGAACAUGAACAGAAUGAAUCAGCAGGAAGAACAAGAACUUACCAGCUCUGAAAGUGAAGAUGAUUAAAUUGGUCAAAAACUUCUUGAUAUAAACAUGUUGCAGACUAAUAAUCUUUUUUUUUCACUUGGCAGUGAUAGAAAUAAUAGCUUGAAAUAAAAUGAUGAUGUUUUUAGAUAGUCUACUCAAUAUACGAAAAUAUUCACU